CAAGAAGCGUGAAAUUUGGAAUAUACAACGAAUGAACUUAUCCGAUAAAUUAAAUCAUAAUUUGUUGCACGGGAAUAGGUAAAAAUGCAAUGCACUAGAAAAUCAAGAAAGUGGGGAGCAUCUUCAAAUGCAAUUUGAAAUGUCCUCUUCAUUUGGAUUGGUAACUGAUUUAUCAUACCAAGACCGCAAAACAUCCAUUGUGGAUGAUCUUCUCUUUGAGAUAUAUGAUCGUUGGCACGAUGGGCGACAUGACAGUUUUGAGAGCGACACCUUUACUGAAUGUUCCAGCACGUCGGAGGUGUAUCACUGGCGAAGGAAUUCUUUUCAACUGGAGAAUGACAACAAACACUCCUCUCGGAUCCUCCCUUCUGUUCUACAAACACAAAGUGUUGAUCAGUUGAAGAAGACAGUAGAGGAAUUACAACAUCGGAUUAACUUUGUGUCAUCUCGAUUAGUCCGGCAACUGAAGAGGCGAGAUCGGAGGGUCGCUAAACUCCAACACAACUCGGAUCUUGUAACGGCCAUACUGCAGGCUUCCUCACAGAAGAGAAGAAUUGACACUCGGAUCAGAUUUAGUUUGGAACCCCUGCCUGGAGCCAGUGCCUUUGACCAAUGGAAGGACGCCAUGAGAGCGGUGGCCAGACUGCCACAUGGGAUACCCGACAGCUUCCGGAAAAAGGUUUGGCUAAGCCUGGCUGAUAAUUACAUAAGGGAACAGAGCAUUGAUUGGACUAAGACUGUACGAUUCGCAUUUAAUGACCGGAGUAAUCCGGAUGACGAUUCUCUUGGGAUUCAAAUUGUCAAGGACUUGCACAGAACUGGAUGUAGUGGAUUUAGUGGACAAGAAAAUGAUGAAGACCGAUCAGUUCUGAAGAGGGUGCUGCUGGGAUAUGCAAGAUGGAACAAGAGUGUCGGAUAUUGUCAAGGCUUCAAUGUUAUAGCAGCCAUGUUACUGGAAGUGAUGGACAGAAAGGAAGAUGAUGCUUUAAAGGUGAUGAUUUACCUGAUAGACCAUGUGUUACCUGAGGGUUACUAUGCUCACAAUUUGAGGGCCCUGUCAGUUGACAUGGCAGUGUUCCGGGACCUUUUGAGGGUGACUUUUCCUAAGCUAUCAAAACACCUAGACCACCUCCAGAGUGCUGCCCAGGACAAGACCACAGGUGCCAACUAUGAGCCCCCACUGACAAAUGUAUUUACGAUGCAAUGGUUCCUGACUCUUUUUGCCACCUGUCUGCCAAAACAUAUUGUACUGAGGGUCUGGGACUCAAUUUUACUGGAGGGCUCCGAGAUUUUACUUAGAACUGCUCUGGCAAUCUGGGGAAAACUCACCAAGAGGAUUCUGUCUGCUAGCAGUGCAGAUGAGUUCUAUUCCUUAAUGGGUACACUUACUCAGGAAACAAUGGAGGGACGAAUCUUCAAUGCUGAUCUCUUAAUCAAAUUCAUAUAUGCAUGUGCACCUUUGCCCAUGCAACAAUUACCAGAACUCCGAGAGAAAUAUACCUAUAAUAUAAGACCCUUCACUAGUGCUUCAAACACUAACAGGAGAUCAGGGGCCAACAACAUGUUGCCUAGCGAUGAGGAUGACCUUGAUGAAGAUGACCUUGAAGCCAUAAGUUGUUUUACUGGCAUCAUGCCAGCAAGUGGGACCAGUAAAGGAAAAGGUGCUGAUCAUGACCCGAACAGCAGUACAGCAGACAUUUCAAUGGUGGGUCCUGGGGCAUAUGGAAUGGGUGGAGACUCGAAUCAAUCUAACAAUUCCUCUGUGUAUCUGGAGAGGAUGUGUACAGACAUAGGCUCACUGAAGAAACAAUAUAGCAAGCUCAAACAGAGGCAGACACAGGCUCAUGUUAUUAUAGCAGCUGCCUCGGCCAAGCAGCAGGCCAAAGUGAAAGCUUUAACUCCAAAAAUGGAACCACCAAGAGCCAUAAAUCAUCUGUUCGUUAGCAAGGCCAUGCUUCCUAAUGUUAGCCAUGCCAGAAACAGGGGUGGGAAAGUGAUGAUGGUACCUCAAUUUCUACAAAAGGAACAGAAAACCCCAAAUAAAUAUGUACAAGAAAUAGUUACUACAAAAUCAGACAGUACAGAACCUCCAGUGAAUUCUGAGAAAUGUGUCAGUGGUGAAAACAUUACGACAGAAAAUCAGUCAGGAAAGGCAUCAGAGAUUAGUAGAGAGGAAAAGGAAGAGGAAAGGGGAAAACAGGGGGAAAAUUCUGUAAAUGAAAAGGAAAAAGGAGGUGCUUCAGAAAGAACUGAUGGACUUGUUUCUAAUGAGGAAGGUGGUGCCAAUCAAAAUGAAGAUGAAAGAAUUGCCAGUUGUUCAGAACAGAAAAAUGGGGUACAAGAAAAUGAGGAAGUACACAAUGGUUGUGGAAAUUCUAUCGAGGCAGAUGGAAGGUUGAAGACCCUGGACCGUCAGAUCUCUGUAGAGUCAAGUGACUGUAGUGUGGAGGAUUUCAAUGAGAAUUGUAUCCAGAGGAGGAAUAGGGGAUACAUGGAGCCAGACUCCGAUGAGGAAGAAUUAAUGAGGGAGAUUGAUGAUAUGAUCCAGGCUUGUUCCAGUCAGCUGACACAAGGCACUGAGGAGGAGGAGGAGGAGGAUCCAACAGAAAACUCACAGGAGGAUCCAAGUGAAAACUCUCCUAAAAAUGUGAGGCAGGACAGCAGGAGGAUGGAUCUUCCUCUACGAAGCAUUUCUCAGGAUUCUGUAAGUGAAGAUGAAAAAUGUGUUUAUUCUGGACAGAAUGUUGAAAAACAAAUGAGGAGGACUAGCUAUGGGUCAAAUUCAAGGGCUAUUACCAUGUCCCAGAGUUUAAGUUUAGCUCAGUAUGCACACUCAAAGCGCAAAAUGUCCAGUUGUAGUGUUGAGUCUAAUGCUUCCAAACAUUUGACCGAUUCAGAUUCUGGUUCGGUUUUCAGUCCUGAUGAUUCUGAGUCUCCAAGAUUCUUUCCUGGUGAAAAUGUGAGUCCAACAGCAGGAAAAUCUGUGUCCUGGUCUAGUGACGUUAAAUCUCCAAGCCAUUCUCAGUCUCCCUUGUGUGCAAUAAAGAAACCAUUCAAUCCUUUUCCAGUGAGGCAUAUCAAUGAGAAUCGUGCCAAGACUGGAAUCAAACUGGGACUGUACAAAACUUCAACAUUUAAAGAAUUGGAGAAGCAAUCUAAACGACGCACAUUGUGGAGCAAAUAAGUGUACGGAAUUUUUUUUUUGUAUGUAUGAUUUUGUUCCAAAAUAUUUCAGUUUAUACUUUUGUUUUUGUGUGUGAGAAUGCUUGUUUUUGAAAAAGGGAGAUAAUUUACAUGUUUGUCUUAGUCAAUAAGAACAUUUUUAGACAUAAAGUGGCUGUUGUGUGCAAUUUAAAAUUUAAGUAUAUUUCAUGUAUUCUACAUUGUUCUAGCUCAAUUUUUUUUUUUUUUUAAAAUGUAUCUAUUGUUAUUUUUUUCUUCACUAAAUAAUAGUAUAACUAUUUAUAUACAAAAAGAAAUCCAUUUACUUUUUUUUAUUGGUGUUGGGUUCUAUUUUCUGGAUUUUUCCUCAUGAGUUGUUUAUUGAAAUUUUCAUAAGUAUUGGUGUUAAGUGGCACAGGGGCUGGACACUUAAUGUACACACUGGGGAUCAGUCUGUUGACAGGUUACCAGCCCCUGUGGUAAGGGGCAUUUAUUACAGUACAGUUUUACAAUGUGUACUACCUCAUCCUAAUUUGUGCAGAGCUGUUAACAUUUUCUUUCUGGGUAAGCUAUAUAGAUAACUCACGACAGAUUUCGAAGUGCUGCAUACUGUACAUCGUGUAACUAUUCGCUCCUCCUUUUCAGUAUAACUCUGGUUAUAACCUCAAUGGAUAUGUACUUUUAUAUCUUCAUGGUUCAAAAUCUCUACAGAGUUAUUGGACUAUUUGUUUUCUUUUAUAGAGUUGUGGCAUGUUUAAUAUCUAAACAUUUUAUUUUGAAUUCAAAUCUUCAAAAAUCUGGAUACCUUAAAAAGAUUUAUUCUGCUAUGUGAAUCUCGAUCAUUAUAGUAUUUAUCAUUGUAAGCCGACCUGUAUUAGGUAUGACCUAAUGUAUAACAAUGCUUAUCUAUUUGUUUAGUGCUGUUGUAAUAAAGUUUACUACAAUUGAACCUAAGUAGACCCAUCAGUGUUGAUCUCAUACAGUGUAUUUCAGUGUUUUCCCUAAGAACUGGCUACCGGCCAAAUUGACCACUUCAAUUGAUAAAAAUGCCUCUUCAGAAUAAAAAUAUAUAUAUAAAUUUUAAAAAAUCAAAAUUAGAUUGUUGUAAGGUCCACAGAGAUUUUUCAUAAACUUUAACCCAAAGCCUGUUACAAUUGAUAUCUAACCUUUUGCUUUGAAAUGAAGGGAAAACACUGGUAUUUGUCUCGUGGAAAAAGAAUUCUAAUUCCUUGUGAGGAUUUAUAGUUUUGGGUUUUUUUAUUCAAUUUGUUUCUCCCUAAUUUACUUGUUUUUCAUUUGGAAUAUUCUAUCUAUUUUGAUAGUAGUGUAACAGAUUUUGUUUUCACAGCUGGGGUCAAGUUAUAUGAAACUUGACUGUUUGAGAGAGAGAGAGAGAGAGAUUUGGAGUUAUUGAGACACUGGUUAAUAGCCAUAAUCUGGUGAUACAAUGGCUGCUGUUUUAUAUAUCUGAAUUGAAUAUCAAAGCAGAAAUCACUUGAUUGUUUUUUUAACAGGAUUUUAAAAAAUGCAGAUGGGAUAUUAUGUUUUUGGAAGUGGACCAAUUGAUUAUUACAAUCUUUGAAAAGUUUAGGCAAUCUUAAACUGUAUUAUUAAAUUGAUUUAUUCAAAAAACUUUAAAGAGGGACCCAGAGUCAUUUUGUGAUACUAUUUGAUUUAAUAAUGCAGUGAUCACCCUUGGAAUGUGUAUUUAGUUAUGAUUUCAUUAUGACUCUUGUUGUAAUCACUCAGAUUUCAUGGGUUUUUUUGGUUGUUGUUGUUGUUUCAUUCAUUCUUCAUUCCCAGUGGUUGUGCAUUAACAUACAUGUAAUAUUGACAAGUGGUUGUGAAAUUUUAAAAUUCUUGGUUUUGUUGUAUAAUUGUCCAUGAUAUGAAAUCCAUUCUCCUUCUAUAAAUAUUUACAUUGUGUUCUUUUUUUCAUUACAUUCCUUUGUUGUAAUUUCAAGGUUCAUUUUGAACUCCUGUUAUGUAUUAUAUAAUUCAGUUGUUAUGAUUUUUUUUCUUUGGGUCAGAUUAGGAAAAUUUUUAAUUCAGCUUUAUGAAAAUCAGAAACCUGUUCUUAAAUGGUUGUUAUGAUUUUUUUUUGUUCCUUGUUACAAGUCUGCAUAAUGGCUGGUUGAAAUUAAAUAAAUUAUAUGGUGCUCAUCU